GAGAAGGGCAGGUCUAUACUGCAAGCGGGAGUGUGACUGCGGGCUGGCUAGUGACGAGAGCUCCUAGCAGCGCCGCACCCCUCCUGCCGCUCCACCUAGCUUUGACCCUGCCUGAUCAAACAACGCUCCCUAACCCCCGAGUCCUUCCCCCCGUGAUCUAAGGGCAGCGGAAGUGAAUUGGCAGGGGACUGACAACAUCAUCAGCCAAUGGGAUUGCAGAGCUCACCUCAAGCUGGUUCCGAUUGGGCUAAAACGCGGGCGGAAGGCAGAACCGCUGUUCAAACUUGCGGCGGGAAGCGCCGGGGGCCCAAGCGAGCCGUCGCCAUGGAGACGCUGUUGUGGCAGGUGGAGCAGCUGCCCGGGCUCCUGGCCGUGUCCCGCUCGGGGCAGGUCCGGGACUGGGACCCGCCGACCCUGGACAGAGCCCUGCAGUGGGGCCGCUACUUCCAGCACCUGCACGGCCGCUUCCGCGCCCAGCCCCGGCUCCGGGCCGCCCUGGGGCAGCGGCUCCGCCGAGGGCAGCAGGGGCCGCCGCUUGGCUUCGGACACCUGGGGCGCUGCCCGGAGCUGCUGGGCCUAACGCUGCUGGGCAACCGGGCGCUGCCGCCCGCCGCCUGCCACCGCCUCCUGCGGAGCUUGCUGCUGCCGCCCAGCGGCCAGGCUACCCCGGGGCCCUGCAGCCUCGGCCUCCUGGCCCGGCGCAGGGCCGCCGCCCAGCUGCUGCCGCCGCCCAGCCCAGCCCUGGCGCGCGGUGAGGAGCCGGAGCCGGAGCUAUCGCUGCGGACCGAGGCCCAGCUGCUGCUGUCCCGGCUGCAGGAAGACGCGGAGGAGGAGCAGGGACCGGCGGGUGUCCUGGAGCAUCUGCCCGGGCCUAGGGUCUACCGGGUGCUGGCGGCGCUGCUGCUGGAGCAGACCGGGGACAACGCUGGCAGAGAGGGGGCCAGCUGGGCAGAGCACAGGGAGGGGCCCAGGCCGGCUGCGGCGGUGCUCUCCUGGCUGCUCGGGGACCCAGGCCGGCUCUCCGCCUUCUGCCGCCUCCUCCCGGGCUCCCUCCUCGUUGCCCUUUCUGCCCGAUACCCCCAGCUGGGCACCCCUUACUUGCAUCUGCUUACCAGCUGGGGCAGCCGCCUGCGCUACGAUCCCCUGCGCGGCCAGUGGGCCAGCAGCCGCUGCCCUAGUGAGGACGAGCUCUCCUGGGAAGAGCUGCGGGAGCGCUUCAGCUGCUUCAUGAGGGGACCUGCCCCGCUCCGAGAGGCUGCCCUGGCUUCUCUGAAAAAGCUGAAGAUCCAGGAUGGAGACUUCGAAGUCUGCGGCCUGAGUGUCUGGACUGACCUGUUGCUGGAGAUGGAGGCACUUCUCUAAAGACACUCGAGCGUUAGCCCGGAGGAAGAGAGGACUAGGACAUUAAAUAGGUUUCAUAGGAAAUUAAAUGGUCUGAAAUCCAAGAAACCGGAGUAACUUUCUUUUCUCCAUAACUAACAUCAAAGUCAAAUGGAUUAUAUCUUGUUUGGAGUGAAAAGGCAACUUUGUGAUCAGAUUGCAUGCCAUAAAACUUAAGUAAAUUAGCAAAGAGUGCCUUAGGGCACAUGCUGGUGUAAACCUGGACUGACUCCUCCCCACAAGAGUUACCCAUGUAAAAUCUGUGUAAAUGAGCUCAGAAUCAGGCUCCUUACAUCUAGUCAAGUAGUUCCCAGAUACAUUUCUCUUACACUCCGAAUAAGUUGACUAGGAAUAGUCUUUCCUCUUCCAAUUUAUUUUCUCUCCCCCCCCCCCACCUCUUAUGUCUUUACCAGCUCUGAUAUUCCCCAAUACUUAUGGUUGGGCUGUUUGGUUUAAGAGUACCCUUAAUUCUGCUGAUCACUAACAGGAAAUGCUUCCAUCCCCUAUUGGCACUAUUGCUACAAAAGUAGUGUGCCAAUACCUUAAGAUAUAGAGAAACUAGCUUAACUUUCUGUGUGUUGAAAAGUUAGAAAUUGAACUGUGUAUUGCCAUGGGUACAGUGUGUUGACAUUUUGUCUAUUUCUAGCAGUUGCAGACUGGCAGAGUACAAAAAUGGGGAAAGGACUUUUUGUCUCAUUUCUUUAGGUUGCUCAUAAUUCCAAGUUAAAUGUAUUCUUCACUAUCACCUUGUCUUCCAGUGGUGGUUUAUUUUUGCCUUUUUUUUCCUUCAUGCUUCAUAUUUCGAAGUAUGAAGGGGAAAAAAAGGCAAAAAUAAACCACCACUGGAAGACAAGGUGAUAGUGGGUAUGAUGUGGGUAGGAGUGCAGAGGUCAGAGGCAACUUCAUGCCCAAUGGGAAAGAAUCCAGAAAGCGUACAGAAAGCCUGCUGAUUUGAUCUUUUAUCAAUCACCAUGUAGCAUGUCUGUUACUAUGUUGCAGUGGAAACUUCAUUUUCCUAUCCUAUUUGUUUAUAACUACAAAUGGAUACUCAGUAGCUUAGCUUUUUGUUGAGAAUUUCUUUCACCAAACUGGAACCAGCAUGGGAGAGUAGAAAUACCUUCUUUCAAAUGGGUUGGGCAACAAACUUCUGUCCCUCCUAGAUGAUUACUGAAGGACCUGCUUGUCUUAAUUGUCUUUAUUAAACUGUGACUCUGAUCACAAUCUCUAUGUGGGAAAAUAAUUACUGGCCAGGAUUUGCUAAAUGAAGGCUAGAUGUGCAAACUGACCAUGAACUAUAAAAUGGGCAUUAUCCUGCAGUUAACCUAGACUUUUCUCAGUAAACUGCUCAGAUUUUUUUAAAUAAAACACAUUAUUACACAAAGCAAGAAGUGGAAUGUUACAGGUAUGGAAGGUAUUUGACCUACAGCCUCAAUAUACAUCUGAGCUAUGAUGCUAUCUAACAUAACUGCACAUAAAAAUAAACAGUAAAUCUGUUUUGCAACCAAUUGAAAUGCUAUAUGGCGAUGAUACAGGGCCAAAUCACGACCUGUCUGUGGGUGAGCAGUUAAUUGAUGAGACUACCCAGGUAAUGUUACUACUUGUGUGAGUGACUGCUCAUCAGUGGACCAUAAAGGGGGGAAUCAUAAGCUGGAGAUAUCUGAAAAAUGCUUUAGAUUGUUUUGUUUUAAAAGCACCAUGUAAAUGGAAUAUGCCAGAAUUCUUAAAAUUGCUCUACAUCAGCAAGUCUAGUCUAAUCUGAGAGCAAAUUUGUAUGGGCAAGUUAUAAACCUAAUAAAAUUGGAAACUAUACUAUAAACCCCUUAAUUAAAAGACCUUUCUUUAUUGUAAUGAUAGUAGAUGAGAGAGAGCAGAAGCUCCUCCUGAAGCUUGAGUCAUCUGGUAAUACUGAGUUCAUCUUCAACCCAAUGUGGCCCAUUAAAGCAAGGAAUUUCUGCCACCAGAACAUUCAGGCCCCUGCUUAUCACCCACUUAAUGAGGUUCUUACAGAGGUGUGGUGUGUUUUUGUUUGUUUGUUUUUAAUCAAAGCUGAACAUCUACGCCUGUUUCUAUUGUUGCCUUACUGACAUUUUGCAGAAUACACAUACAUUUCAAAGCACAAAUAAAUACACAAUAAAUGAUUAAAAUAAAAUACCAUUGAGACUUUU